AUGGGUGGGGCUGUUUUCCUUAUCUUCGGCGGCACUACCGCUGCAUGGUCGUUCGCCAUCUUCUUCCUUCUGCCUGAUACCCCAACCAAGGCAAGAUUUCUCAAUGAAGCCGAUCGCAUCAAGGCUGUUGAGCGUGUCGAGGAAAACCUAACAGGCAUCAAAAGCGACAAAUUCAAGUGGUACCAGUUUGUUGAGGCGAUGACAGACGUCAAGGCCUGGCUGCUCUUCACCAUUCAGCUCAGCGCUCAGAUCGCCAAUGGUGGCGUUCACGGGUUCGGGUCCAUUGUUAUCAAGGGCAUGGGUUUUAGUACGCUCAACACGCUUCUUGUUCAAAUGCUGGGCUCUGUCUUCCAGUUCGUCUUCGUUCUCUUGGCGACUGGCGGCAGCACGUACUUCCGCAAUAGUCGCACUUAUUGGAUGGCGUGGAAUUUGGCAAUUUCGAUAGCUGGCGCAGCUAUGGUCCGACAGAUUAACUCAGAGCUGAAAUGGGCACGCUUCAUGGGCUAUUGUCUGACUAUCGCUUACAGUGCCAACUUCCCUAUGAUUCUGUCCAUGUCAUCCGGUAAUUUUGGUGGAUUUACCAAGAAGACGACCGUUAACGCUAUGCUUUUCUUUGAAUGGGAGGCACCUUCUUACAGCUCUGGUUUCUUGGCCAUGUUGAUUUGUUAUGGAGUAGGCGUUCUGAUCUGCUUUGUCCUUCGGUAUUAUCUCAUUUGGCAGAACAAGCGACGAGAUAGCGUUGGGGAUGUGCUUGAUACAAGCGUCGGAGGCCACGUGCCUCUUAACCUGAUGGACAAAACAGACAAGGAAAUUCCGCAGUUUCGUUAUGUUUAUUAA